AUGGCAUCACCAACUUCCCUGGCAACUCCUCGCUCUCGGGCCAAGAAGCCUAUGGACAAGAUGGUUGACUGGUUCAGGCAGGCUCUGCUGAAGAAGCCUAUGAAGCUGCCCAUCUCUCCAGAAAGUGCCUCCAGUGAUGUUUCACAGCCAACCUCACAGGACAGCUCCCCACCCCUGAGCCUCAGCUCAGUCAAGUCUCCCAUAACCCCAACACCCAUGGGUGACAGCAGCAGCAGUGGCCGCUGGAGCAAAGACUAUGACGUCUGUGUGUGCCACAGUGAAGAGGACCUAGUAGCAGCCCAGGAACUGGUGUCCUACCUGGAGAACAGCAAUGCCAGCCUGCGCUGCUUCCUGCAACUUCGGGACGCAACCCCAGGUGGCGCCAUCGUGUCAGAGCUGUGCCAGGCUCUGAGCAAUAGUCACUGCCAUGUACUGCUCAUCACUCCAGGCUUCCUCCAGGAUCCGUGGUGCAAGUACCAGAUGCUGCAGGCCCUAACCCAGGCCCCUGCGUCAGAGGGCUGUACCAUCCCGCUUCUCUCAGGCCUGACCAGAGCCUCUUACCCUUCCGAGCUCUGCUUCAUGUACUACGUGGAUGGCAGGGGUCCUGAUGGCGGCUUUCACCAAGUCAAGGAAGCUGUCAUACGUUAUCUGCAAACAGUCAGUUGA